UGUCAGUCGGGCAGACACACAAUGAAAGUCUGUGUGCUUGUAAAAUCGCUGGGCACAGUCAGAAUCAGCAGAGUGUGCCGAUAACACUCCAACAACAACAACAACAAAAGUUAGAGGAACUUCAGCCUGAUCCAUGCUGGGCUCUAAGUGGAUGAGCUCCUGGUUCUUGCAAGACUUGCAGACAUAUAGACCCACAUUCCAACCAUGAGAAAGGAAUAACUGGAAGCCUGGCCCAACCCCCCUGCAGAUCUGGGAAGCCUGUGCUGUUUCUUUGCAACAACUGAUUGCUUUUCCCAUUGGUGGUGGGACAGCCAGAAGUUCUCUAUCAAGUUCUUUCCAGUGAUAUUUUUGGACCUCAUGUGGCAGCACAAGUGAGAAAAAACUUCACUCCUGUUAUCUACAGUAUAUAGAGAAUGGGGGAAACGGCUCCCCCACAAGCCCCAGCGGGUAACCUUGGAAUAGGUGUUGCAGGCGCUGGGCUCCUCGGGGGCGGGUCAGUCGCACCACGUAUUCACAGCGCUAUUGUAGAGCGACUGAGGGCUCGGAUUGCCGUGUGCCGCCAGCAUCACUUGAAUUGUGAGGGUCGUUAUGAACGGGGUCGGGCAGAGAGCUCAGACAGGGAGCGAGAGAACACGCUACACUUGCUGACUGUAGUGCAACAUGGACAGGGCCCCAGGAAGAACAACAAACACAACAAGAGCACAUGUGCGCCACCACCCGACUACCAUCAUCAUCAUCAGCAACGCCUGCAAAGCACCGAAGGGAAAGAAAUCAGUGCGAACCAACAACCUCAAUCUUCUAAUGGGCUGAACCAGAGGAACUCUGCUCUCAUUGCACUGCAAGGUUCUUUGAAGAGGAGAUUAGUUGUUUCGACGCCACAAAAUAAGAGAUUGAAUGGUAUAUCCGACCAUUCAUUCCUUGAUUUCAAGAAACAAAGAAACGAGCAUCUUAUAGCAGCACAAAACGAAUAUCAUAACAUUAAUGGGCUUCACCCGGUCGGUACUAGAGAUGCACAGAUGGAGCUUUCAGGACCCAGAAGUAACAAUAAUACCAACAACAACAGCAACUGUAAUUCCAAUGAUUUAUUUGACUUUGCUUUUAAGGAUAUAAAAAAGGAACCAGGAGAAGCUGUGUCUUGUGGAAAGCAUUUAGACGUUCCUCUUUCCCAUGAAAAUCAGAUGAAAUAUGGAGAGGAUUCAGGAGAGCAGUUUCUGGAUCCUGAGCUCCAGGAAUUAUUUAAUGAGCUUGCAUAUAUAUCGGUGCCACCCAUGAGUGAUACUGAAUUGCAGAACAUGAUAAAUAUCACUAUAAAGCAAGACGAACCUUUCCACAUUGAUCUAGGCCACCAAAAUCAGCAGACUACAUCUUCACCCAUGCCUUUAGACAAAGUUGUUAUAAAAAGUGAAUAUUCACCUGGCCUAGAACCUGCCUGUGUUGCUUCUCCUCAGAUGAGGCCUUCUUCUACAGGAUCAGCCUUUCCAAUGUCUAGUGCUACCUUGGCAUCUUCACCAAAUACUAAAGCAUCCCAAAACCCAUCACAGACACAGGUUUCUGGUACAAACCGAUUGCACAGCUGGCAGGAGUUAUCUCAUGCACAACAUCUAAAGCAAAUAGCAGCUAACAGACAAAAUAAUAUCAUUCACCAACAUCAGCCAAACCAGCCCUCAAGCUGGCCAAACAUGUCACCAACUGGAUUGUCACCAAGGCCUUUUGGAGAUGUGAAAGUUCCAAGCCCAUUUCGACAUCAACAGUUAAGUUCUCAUAGUCCCUCCACAAGCAACUUACCUGUAAACGGGGCUCAGUCCAAAAUGAUGAGCGGCUAUCUCUAUAAGCAUAAUGCAUGUUCCCAGAAUAAUGUCAACGAAUUAGUAAAAACACAGGAUACCAAGUGUGCAGUCAAUGCCACCCAUUCUACUCCACAAGAACAAAUUCAAAGCAACAUUAAGCCUUCGUUUCAUUUCAACCAAGAUCAGUCCAACCAACAAAUGUCUUCUGUAGUGAACAAUCCAAACAAAUCCGUGUUACAAUACCCUCAACAGAAGCAACAGGCAUCUACAUCGAAACAACACCAUGAACAACCCAAACAGGUACAAAAUGUUUCCAACCAGCAACUGUCAAGGCCAACUACAUUUCAGCAGAAGAUGACAUUUCCAAAACUACAGCAAAACCAGCCAAUCUCUGGUCUUCACUAUUCAUCUGUUCACCCACAACAGGACCAACAUUCUGCAGCAACCCCGGGUACUCCCACCAACUCCAACCCAACGUCAUGUGCAAGUCCAAACACCGGCAAUGGUUAUACAUCCCAGCAGCCCUUGUCAGCACAGCAACUGAUGGAGAAGGCAAAUGCCCUUCAGAGGCAGAUGAUGGAGCAGAAGCAGCAGCUUCUAUUGCAGCAGCAAAUGUUGGCAGGGAUGGAGAAAAGUAACAGCCAGGAACAAAUAAGUCUCUUGAACAGACCACCACCAGACUACAAGGACCAAAGACGAAGCUCAGUUGGCUUGCAGCAAGCCAGCCAAUACACAAAUGGCCUACCACCUGUUGGCGUCAAUCAAAGCCCACCAGCAACGACCAACCCUGUUUCAACCCACAAUCUAACCCCACCGAAUCCAAAUCAUUCUUCCCCAAACCACAGUUCCAGAAUGACGCCUCUCCAAGGAGCUCAGAGCAUAUAUGGAAACCCACCAUGCUCUCAACAAGCUGUGUAUAAUGCGAGCCCUGGCACUAACCAAAUGCAACAACAGACUAGCCCAAAAACAAUGGGGAACAAUCAAAACAGCCACAUAUUGCCAAGGCGAUCUCCAUCUGGACAAGGAAAUCCACUGCCUCCUUUCAGUGUGGGUUCUGCAACUAGUCCUCCACAAUUCAGACCUUCUGUCAAUCAUGGAACCAAUAUGGCAGGGCAAAGACCCUCCAAUGGAAUGAUCAAUUCAUCUGUAUCACAGAACUGGCCAUCACAAGAAGCCAAGAAGCAAAGUGGGCUUUGCUUCUCCAACACCAAUAAGUUUUCCAGCCAGUCCCUUCAAGGAAUGUUGGGAAACCAGAAUUUUGCUCCCAAUCAGCCUGAAUUGCAGAUGAGAGCCCAGAUGAGCCAAGCCACUGCUGGACAAACAACGGAGCCGUUGAGAGGCUUUAACAGUGGGCAAGCUCAGAUGCGAGCGCAGUUGUCCCCUAACCAAGGUGGGGGUGGUACAGCCAUGGCAGCAAACUCAUUCACUUCCCCCAAUCCUGUACCUCGAGCUUUCCCGGGUUCCGAUACAAGUAAUGAUUUGGGAUCUUUUGAUUUCUUUUCUACUAACAGUGAUUUUGAUUUUAUUGAUACAUUACUUAAGACUGGCCAUGCCAACGAUGACUGGAUAAAGGAUAUUAUUUUAGAUGAGAUUUUUAAGAAUCAUGUCUAAAUUUGUAUUGUGUACUGUGCCAGUCUAGUACAAAAGCCCUUAAAGGAAAACUUAAAGGAGAACUAAAGCCUAACUAAAGAAGUAGGUAGAAAUGUUGUAUGUUUUGUGCUUCUUUACCAGCCCAAGGCAACCACAGUCCUUUAGCAG